AACCGAAACAGUUCAUACAAAUAAUGUCUUUAUUGUCUUAGAAUUUGUCAGGUUAAUAAAUUUAAAAAAUUGUACAAUAAUAUUUUUACUGGUUACUGGUUCUAAGUUUGUGUUUAAGGCUAACACAUUUGUAUUUUCUUUUGUAAACUUUUGUAAAUUUUUUUUCUUAUUUUUCCCCCUAUUUGACUUAUUCCCAACUUAAACACCAUCAUCACCACUUCCUCCCCCCAAAUCUGUAGUUCCUGGGCGGUGUAACUUAUUUGUAUUUUUCCUGAGGUUUUUCUGUUAAUCACCACUGGGCUGCAGCUAUAGUCAUUGUUACUGGUUUACUGAAGGAGAAUACAAAUUAAAAAGUAAACUAUAUAUAACUAUAUAUAUAUAUUAAAAUGUAAUAAAAUCAUUAGCAUAGUGGUUUCUUUUAGUCACAUGGUGAGAUCAUUUGUUUGAGCAGAUGGUUUCCAGUUCAGUGAUCAGCAGCUCCAUCUCUAACUGAAGGACAUUUUGGUUAAACUCCCACUGUCAAAAACUGAACAUGUGCAGGUGCAGCAGUAAACCAAGGCUUCAGACAUUAAGAGCACCCAGCUAUUAAUAAAAAUUAACCUCCCAUGGUUCUGCUUUCCCCCAACAUGUGACCAAACCUCAUGACUUCCUGUUUUGCGUGUGUAUCAAGCUGUGUAUUCACCGUCUAAGAAGCCCACAGUGAGAUUCCCUUUCUUUAAUCGUACGAUGGCCGCACAGCUGCGUUCAGGCUUGAGCCUCAUCACCGGGAUUCUGUGUUGCACACUGUGCUCUGCCGACUUUUCCUGUAGGAAUGAAGCUGGUGAGCCUGUUGAUUGGUUCAUCAUCUACAAGUUGCCCAGGUAUAAGGUUGGAGAGGUGGGCAGCGGAGUGGACUACAUGUACCUGGACUCCUCGGUAGGAAGGUGGCGGAUGAGUCCAUUCAUGGUCAACACCAGUCAAGGAGCCCUCGCCAACACACUGAACCAGCUUUACAAGGGACAAGUCUACAAGUCCAACAGCUCUGUCUAUGCACUUUACAACGAUGCACCACCGGUCCUCAAAUACCUGGAAGGAUAUGGACACACUAAAGGUGUCCUGCUCUUUGACCGCUCUCAAGGUUUCUGGCUGUCACACAGCAUCCCCCGCUUCCCCUCGUUCCCCGAGAGAGGCUUCCUCUACCCCUCCUCCGGCAAAGUCAACGGCCAGACCGCCCUGUGUGUCACCUACCAGUAUGAGCAGUUCCUCCACGUAGCGAAGCAGCUGCUCUACAUUUACCCUCGCUUCUACAACUGCUCGGUGCCGGCCGUGCUCUCGGCCGACCUGCCACAGCUGGCCCAGCUGUGCGCGGGCUCCAGGCCCCAGCCGACCUCGGACCGGAGCGUGGAGCAGCUUUUCUCCGCUGAAGGGGAGAAGUUCGUCAGUUUUGUCAAAUCUGAACACUUUGUGGACGACAUCUACGCGGGCUGGGUGGCCCAGGCCCUAGGCGCCGACCUCCUGGUGGAGUCCUGGCAGCGGCAGGGUCAGGACCUGCCCUCCAACUGCUCCCUGCCCAAACACACUAUGAACAUCAAGAGGAUUCAGCUGCCGGGAUCAGCGCUGUUCCAGUCCCACUACGACCACUCUAAGUGGUGCGUGUCCCGGGCUUACGAGGACCAAGUCGCCUGCCUCGGGGACCUGAACCGAGAGAGGCCCCAGCUGUGGCGUGGGGGGGGGCUGGUCUGCUCCUUCAACCCUUCGAUUUACAAAGCUUUCAGGCAGGCGGUGGACUGGUACAUUGGCUGCUGAACAGGAGACACGACCGCCUUCACACAGAGCGAGUCAAACCAGUCCCACUCCCUCCAAAGGCAUGAUGUGAGGAUGGAGCAACUAAUAUGGUUUAGGUUCAACAGCACCACCUAGUGGUCAGGUGUGUGUAGUUGAGUGUAGAGUUCUCUGUAGAUUAGUUUGCAUUUAUUACUGUGCACAUUGUGUAAUAUACAUCCAAAUGUAUAUUUUCCCCAAUAAAACCCCAAACUCUGUCA